GGAUAAGUGGGUCGUGGCCGGUGAUCGGUGGCGCCCCAGCCCAGUGCCGAGAUGGGCAUGUGACAACAGUCGUGGCUAACAUUCAAGUCACAACUGCCACAACAAUCAUUAAAUCUUGAUCAUCAUGGCCUCAGACGACGAAUCCGUUUUGACUGAAUAUGACGAGCUGGAAGGGGAAGAAGAAGAAGGAUCAAGGUCUUCAAACAAGAAGAAGGCGUCUACGAAACACGAAUAUACAUUGAAGAACGCCUUGAAGCAACCUCGGGCAACGACAUACACCACGCAAGCUCUUUAUCAACAGAUCCAUAGCGGUGACAUAGAACUUGAUCCCGAAUACCAAAGAGAUGUCGUGUGGAAGGAUGAGAAGCAAAUAAAGCUCGUUGACAGCAUUCUACGGAAUUUUUACAUUCCACCUGUCAUCUUCGCAUAUCGUGCCGAGGACGAUGGCACAGAAUUCCGAACUUGUAUUGACGGAAAGCAGAGACUGACGUCAAUUCACCGAUUUAUGGAUGGGCUCAUACCUCACAAGGAUCACUAUACUGGCGAGUUACUGUGGUUCAAGGACAAUGGCGAUAAUCGAGGAAGAACGAAGAAAAAUAUUUUACCUGCAAAGUUGCGGACCAGUUUUACUAACAAGCAGAUAGUAUGUGUGGAGUAUUCGGAUCUGAGAGAUUGCGAUGAGAGGGACAUAUUCAAGCGCGUCCAACUAGGUGUUGCUCUUACCACUGCAGAGAAAAUGAAUGUCAUCAAAACUCCUCGCGCUGACUUUGUCCGAUUCUUAAUGGAAAGGUACCUUACCGCUGAGAGGCUGGGUAAUCCCGAGAUACCAUGGUCAAUGGCCCGAGGGACGGACUUCAAGUGUAUAGCGUCCUCGGUCUUUAUCAUCUCAAACCGCGCGCAAAUGACUUUCAGUGGAACCGUCCAGGUGGAGAAUUGGCUAGCAGAGACGAACAGCAGCUCUCUCCGUGCCUCUAAGAACUCGAAAAAGACGAGUGGGUCGGAUGAUAAUGAUGGGGACUACAAUGAUUCGUCAGGGGUACCUCUGCCAGAUAGCUUUCGGCAGAAGGUCAUCGAGACAUUCGAAGUCAUGGUAAAAUUGGCCAACAACAAGAAAUAUAAUCAGGCAUUCAGACCUUCACCAGCUGCAAGCAACAUCUCUCCCAUCGAAAUCACCGGUAUACCUGUCCUAAUUCACAACGUUUACGUGUCCCCUCCAUCUUCUUCUCCUGCUCGUGGCGAUGAUCGAGUUUCUUUGCAACGUCUGAGCGAUCUCAUACUCCUUUUGCGCGCGUACCUUCACAAAAAUCAUACAGAUGUUCGGCAGAAUUCUCGUGUAGGCAAAGACAUGCUCCAAUUCUGCCUUGGCGCAUCGAAAGAUCCCAAUCGAUUUUUCCAAGAACAUUCGGAGCUGUUGGGAUGGAAAGCACCUUCAAAGGUGAAGCGCGGAGCGAAUCGGUCUGCUACUAGCUCUAGCAAGAGGAAGAAGGCUGCUACCAAGGAGGAAUCGUAUGAUGAAUCCGAGGACGACGACGAAGAGUACCAAACGACAAAAAGGCCUCGCACUUCUGCGAUACAGGGAGCGAGGAAAUCUACUGGUGGGAGAGCACCUCCUACUCCUCAGCCCACAAUAGGGCCUUCAUCAGCGCCAGUCUCCACCAGAAAAAGCCCACCAAAUCCUCAAAUGCUUCCAUCUCCCGAUCCUGCCUCUACACCAUCACAUUCCACGGUCAAAUGCGAGCCCGAGACGCAGAUGCCGCUACCAUCGCAGAUGUUUCCGUCCUACCAGUUUACUGAUAUGCAAGCAAAGGAGUGGUAUCAACAGCAACAGCAACAGCAACAGGCAAGGAUGCAAAUGAUGGCGGGGUCUAGUAUUGGGAUGGAUCCCACGUUGAUGGCCUAUCUAAGCUCUCAACAGGCGUUCCCGUUCAUGAACCAAAGCCUGCCGCAACAGUCACUCAUUCAAAGGGGUGGCAGUAGUACGGGAGAUGGCAGGCAACGCCCGAUGUAGUUUACAGCUUGUCAUCCCUUGCGAUUAUUCUUGUGUUUCCAAGUAUCAGUAUCAUCAUGCACUCUAUAUUGUACUUUAGAUAUAUACAGUUGUCAUACAAUAGUUAUUAUCAGCUCACGUCGCGCACUUUGCGACUCAAAUCCGAGUUAUCACCUCCAUGGUUAUACAUGGAUCCAGGAUAUCGCUGUUUUCGGUGGACACAUUCCGAUUGGGGUUUGUAUGGGGCGCUAAUAACUGAUGGUGAAGCGUUGAUGAAACAAACGUACCCGAGUCAUCCUAAUAAUAAAGCUUGCGCAGAGCCUAUGAGGAACCGACCGAAGGUCGGCGACGAGUAGCGACACCUCUGAAUCGUGCAUCCGAUGGGUUCCUGCUAUCUUGAUAAAUAUAUCAAUCCUGUGAAGUAAACGUAAACUUGAAGGCGGCUUCUGGGCGCUGGCAGUUCUCAGAUGAGGGCAUGGCCCCGUGUCUUAUGCUCAUUUCCACCUCCAGAUACACCAUUCAUGGAGCCUCUCAUCAUCCCAUUCUUCCUUCUCUUUCCCCACCAUCCCCUCGCCAAGCUCUUCCCUUCCCUCCUUAACACAAACCAGCCCUCCAGUCUCCAUGAUCUCCCAGAAUUCUC